AUGUCAUUGGAUAGAAUUCUUGGCACUGCGUUUAUUGAUAUGUAUGCAAAGUGUGGAUGUAUUGAGAUGGCUUGUAGCGUGUUUGAUGAGAUGGACGAUAGAGAUGUCUAUGCUUUUACUUGUUUGAUUUCGGGGCUAGCUAAUCAUGAUAAGAGUGAAACUGCCAUUGAGUUGUUUGACAGGAUGUGGGAGGAACGAGUUGUGCCUAAUGAAGUUACAUUCAUAUGUGUCCUAAAUGCUUGUAGCCGUAUGGGGAUCGUGGAUGAAGGGUUGAGGAUAUUUGAGAGCAUGGGUAGUGUAUAUGGCAUUGAGCCACAAGUCCAGCAUUAUGGCUGUCUGGUGAAUCUUCUGGGGAGAGCUGGGAAGAUAGAGGAAGCAAAGAAGGUGGUGAGAGGGAUGCCAAUGCAGCCAGAUUCAUAUGUCUUGGGUGCAUUGCUAGAUGCUUGUAGAGUACAUGGCGAUGUCCAGUUGGGUGAAGAAAUGGUUGAUAGUUUGGUGCAGCGGUGUCUUGACCAUGGUGGUGUACAUGUUCUUCUUUCAAACAUGUAUGCCUCUACUGACAAAUGGGACGAUGUCUCAAAGAUAAGGAAGGAAAUGGAAGAUAAAAUUAUGAGAAAGUUGCCAGGUUGUAGUUCAAUUGAAGUGAAUUGUACUGUUUGUGAAUUUGUCACUGGAGAUAGGUCCUACUCAUUUAGGGAAGAUAUCAUGUUCUUGUUGUUUGGAAUUGACAAGCACUUAAAGUCUCUUUAUCCUGACUAUGAUGAGUGUGAUAGUGUAACCAUGGAGCAAGUUCUCUCAUAG